AUGCUAUUUAAAAAACGAGACGCCAUGCGGCGGUGUUCGCUUGCGCGAGCAGCUUUCAUUUGCCAUUGUUCUGCUCGGUACCCUGCUGGAAUGAUGACCAUUAUGGCUCCCGCGAAUCGCCUGGCGUUUGACCACGGGCACGUGCCGCAACGGUCAUCCGCAGAUCCGUCAUCCGCAGAUCCGUCGCCCACGGACCCGUCCACGGUCUCGCUGCCGCCCAUUUCGUCCUUCGAUAGUCUCAUUCGGGCCGCGGAGAAACAAGGGCCUCGGCCGUUACCGGCCGAGACCGCGUGCGCGUACCUACCGCCCUGCCCGGGUUCCGCGGAACUCGCUCUCGACUUCCCGACGCGGUCGUUACCGGCAGCGGCGCUGCCGGGGUUAGUGCCUGGGGCCCCGAUGGGCCCGAUGGGCGCCAUUGGGCCGACGGGCCCGACGGGUCCCGCAAGCGCAGCUAGCGCAGCUAGCGCAUUUACCGUGGCGGGGCGCCCAGAAACGCCGCAGGGCCACAGAUCGCGCCGCAAGAAGCAGUGCCACAUCUGCGGCAACUUCUACGCCAACCUCUCGACGCACCGGUCGACGCACCUCACGCCCGAGAACAGGCCGCACAAAUGUUCGAUCUGCAUGCGCGGGUUCGCACGCAACAACGAUCUUUUGCGCCACCGCAAACGCCACUGGAAGGACGAGCUGCAAGACGCCUCGGGCACGCUUUCCGCGGAGAAGGCCUGUUCCGCGGAGUUGCAGGUCGCUGGCGACGGGGACGACGCGCCCGCGGGCGCGUCUGCGGGCGCGUCUGCGCGCCUGCUGCGGUCUCUGCGGUCUCUGCACCUGGCGAAGGGCACCUACAAGUGCCCGUACAACUCCACGCUCAUAAACCUCGACCGCGACAUGUACCCGCACAAGCAGCGGCAGCCGCUGACGUUCGAGGCCUCGCACUGCCACCAGACGGGCGUGUUCUCGCGGUGCGACACCUUCAAGAACCAUCUCAAGGCGCUGCACUUUGAGUACCCGCCGGGCACGCGCAAGAAGGACCGCGCGCGCGUGCCGGGCACCUGCCGGCACUGCCAGCGGCGGUUUGCCAACGUCGACGAGUGGCUCGCCACGCACGCGGGCUGCGGGAGCGGCUGCGGCUACGAGUACCACUAG